UUUCUCUUACAGACGGGUAUCUUCGUGUCAAUUGUUUACAACAAGAACCUCUACUAACGGAAAACAACUAAAAAUUACUUCAAAACAAAUUCAUAUAGUCGAUUUUUGCCUCUGGUAUAAGCCAGAUAAUAUUAUGAAUGAAUACGAAUAGUCUAAGUAAUCGUCAUAAGAGUCCCGUAAAACUAUUUGAAGUCCGACUAUAUAAUGCAGAAGCGAAUGUAAUCGUACUGUAUGGUGAUUCACUUGACUCGGCUGUCAGAAUAUCAGGUGUCGUAGUUCUUUCUAUCUCCCAGCCUAUACGCGUCCGAAAUAUAAAGCUUCGUCUUGCUGGUAGGUCUUUUGUUUGCUGGUCCGACGAGUCAAAAAAUAACUCCUAUGGGGGAAGUAAAAUCCGGCGUCAAGUAAACCAGAUUUUGGAUCGACAAUGGUCAUUUUUGUUGGGUGAUGGAACAAAAACUAUUCAAGACGGUAAUUACGAAUAUCCGUUCGAUUACCAACUUCCACCAGAUAUUCCAGAAUCCAUUGAAAGAGUACCAGGAUGCCAUAUUAUAUAUACUUUGACAGCAUGCUUAGAAAGGGCAACUAUCCCUUCUACCAACUUGGAGUCUGCAUUGCAAUUUCGUGUCGUCCGAACCAUCCCUCCAAAUAGCCUUGAUCUCAUGCAUUCAGUGAGUGUUAGUGAUAUAUGGCCCUCUAAAGUAAAUUACGAAACGAGCAUUCCCUCAAAGAUAUAUGCAAUUGGCUCUGAAAUUCCAAUUAACUUCAAACUAUAUCCUCUUUUGAAAGGACUUGAUAUCGGGAAAGUAACAAUUGUUUUGAAAGAAUACUGUUCUUUGUUUAUAAAUUCCAAAACAAUGUCUUCGACAGGUCGAAAAGAUUUUAAGCGUGUUUUAGCCAAAAAAACUGUACCCGGCCUUGCAAUGAUUGACGACUGUUGGCAAGAUCAGAUCAGAAUUCCAAUCCCCGAUUCCUUGGGUGACUGUACUCAAGAUUGUGACUUGAACUGUAUACGUGUUCAUCAUAAACUUCGUCUGUCGAUCUCUAUAUUAAAUCCGGAUGGUCAUAUAUCUGAACUUCGCAAUUCCUUACCUUUAUCUUUGGUAAUUUCGCCGGUCAUGUUUGGUGCUAGAAGGUCUGAGGGUCUUUUCACGGGAGAUCAUGCCUCUUAUGUGAAUGAGAAUGUCUUACCUAGUUAUGAUCGCCAUAUUUUUGACGUUCUUUGGGACGCCGUUCCUUCCGAAACCGCGCCUGCACUUAGUGAAGCUACUACGCCCAACACUAGUCGGAGAAAUUCUUCGGACCUACCAACUAGCCCUACUCUUAGUAUUAACACAAACGCAAAGGCGCUUCCAAACAAUCAGGCCGUAUAUUCUCCUUCUUUAGGGUCUCAACCGAGCUUUUAUAUCGAAAAUUCAACUCAAUCUCCCUCGGAUAGAACUGAAUUCCUUUCACCUAUAACUUCCCCGAUGGCCCCAUUUUCCGGUGCUUGUCGUAGAGCUGCUCGUUCUAGAGCCAAUAGUAUGUCUUCAUCUUUCGGUGGGCCUCAAAUACAAAACUUACAGUCUGAGAAUCCUCUCUCGGGAUCUAUGUCUCCCAAUAGCACCCUACCUGUGCGUAGUGUGUCUACCUUAAGUUUACAGGAGUUAGGUAAAUUACCUCCUUACUAUGAAGCACAUUCGGCUUUCUCGAAUGUACUCCCUCUUGACGGACUUCCUCAUUAUGAACAGGCUACGAAGCCAUUAAGUCCGACCCCGUCCCUGCAUGGCAGUCAAGCUUCGACUAUUAUUGCAACAUCUACACCUACACCAGCACCUACUGUCCGUGUUUCACCGAUAGAAACUCCUACUAGAAGUCCACCUCGUCCGGUUACAGUUAUCAAAAGUAAAUCCUCCAGUAAUUUGACACGCCGUGGCUUGGAUUGACAGUCUUUUCAUCAUUUAUUGUUGUUUAUUCUUUCUCUAGCUUAUAGACUAUGGUUAAUUUUUGACGUCUUCGUCAUCGAGACUAGAAGCAUCUACCACAUGUCUUUAAAGGCUUUUUUCCGAGUGCGAGUGUUUUUUUAUAUUGUCGUUUUAACCAAACUUUGUUGAUAUUUAAAUGCUUUGUAUAUAGCAACAAAUGAACUUAGUACUCGAACUUGGAUUAUUUGGGAUAAAUGGUGAUUAUCCUUGUAAACAAUUUCUUUUUUUUUUACAAAAAAAAUCAAAAAACACAAAGAAUAUCUAAGAGAAUUGAAAAAGAAAAAUCCCUUUGGCAUCUAUUUAUAAUCGACUAAUGACUGCAUUUAUAAAAUACUUUACAAUGAUCAUUAUCCGUUGAAUUAAAUUAAAAUUAAAUCUCAAAAAUGUUAAAUUUCUAUCUGU